UGUGAGAUCGAAAUUUCUCGUAAUAAAAAGUGAUCGCGAAUCGUGAUGGCAGACAAUCGAGGAUAAAACAUCGACGCCAUCGAUACAACGUGUAUCGAUAUUCUCGCAGCAGCAUAGCAGUGCAUAGCAGCUAAGCAGCAUAGAAAUUGAUAGAAAUAAUCGUUGCGUGUUGCGUGGUGUCGUUGAUGCGGCAGGCAGCAACCAGAAGUGACUAGAAGCAACCACGACAACGCAACAGCAACAACGAUGGCGAUCAUUUUGUUUGAUGCUACGGUUACGUGUUACGCUAGUUUGCUGCCUCUAUAAUUAUAUACAUACAUGUACAUAAGUAAGUACAUGUUUGCUUGUUGUGUAGAAAAUAAGUAAGAAACUAGUGCGUACCGAGUUAAAACAAGACGUGUGAAUAAUUGCCAUGCUUUGGCUGUUUGUUAAACACAAAACUCGCAUAAAGCGAAUUUAAAGGACAAACAACCAUCUGUUCGUAAACAUGUUCAGGAAACAACAGUUAGAUAAAACAAGGAAAUAUUCGAGGAUAUUAAAUAUUGUUGCUUCUACCGAAGCAGUAUGGGAAUGAUUUAUUUAGCGAAAUAUUCUUCGAUUCGCUUGAAAAGCAACCUUGUUUCUCUGCUGGAGUUUGCGAGGAGUCGUCGUCACGCAGAAAUUCGCUCUUGGAAUUGUUCCAUGAUAUAUAUAUUAAAUAUAUGUAUGUAUAUUGCAACGACGUAAGCGAAGAAUUCGUUCGAAAGCAUCGAAAGGAAAUAAACGAGCAGCGAAAAGUUUCACGAUGCAUCAAUUGUUACAUCUUCGUAAUCGGCCGUUGCAAACCCUAAUACUAGGAUUAAUUGCAUUGACUUUUUACGCAUAUUAUCGUACUACUUAUUACGAUGUAACUCAAUACACCGUAUCUCGGAAUAUUAGUUAUUCUCCGUUUCGAGAAAUGUACAAACAGCGAGGAAAUGCAAGCUCAGAGCCACGUAUGGUUAGGGUAGAACCAUCGAAGAACGCUUCCAUUGAAUCUUCAGUAGCAGCAGUUGGUUCUUAUAAUUCGCAAAAUACCAGCAACGUUUCAAAUUCUCUGGUUACGAUGCUGUCGCCGUCUUCUAGUAGUUCUCAAGCUCUGUCUUUCGUUAAUAAUAUAUCGAUAGUUGGUUCGAAACAAAGUAGCGAAAAGCCUGCAGCGCGAGCGGAAAAGGCUUUCAACAAUGAAACGAAAGAAGCCUCGACAGUUUUUAACGAGUACUCUUUACGUGCUAUUUACGAAGCUGGUCACACGGUACCGAUUCCGGAAAGCUGCCCAAAUUUUGGCAAAGAAAUGGAUCUUGUUAUAAUAAUAAUGUCAGCACCGACUCAUCUCGAGGCUCGAAUGGCAAUACGACAAACGUGGGGUCACUUUGGUCAGAGGAACGACAUUGCGAUCUUGUUUAUGUUGGGUGCAACUUUAGACCCGAAAGUGGAAAUGAUUUUAAGGAAAGAACAAAAGACUUACAACAAUAUAAUACGUGGAAAAUUUUUAGAUUCUUACUCCAACUUGACGCUUAAAACGAUAUCCACCUUGGAAUGGGUGGAUAGUUAUUGCCCGAAGGUUAAAUUUCUUUUAAAAACCGACGACGACAUGUUUAUUAACGUUCCGCGUCUACAGGCUUUCAUAAUGAAACACGCGAAAGACAAGAACGUGAUAUUUGGUAGAUUGGCUAAAAAGUGGAAACCAAUUAGAAAUAAAAAAAGCAAAUAUUAUGUUUCUCAAACGCAGUUCAAACAUACCGUUUUUCCAGAUUUCACCACUGGUCCGGCUUAUCUAUUGUCUACCGAUAUCGUUCGCAAAUUGUACGACGCUGCAUUCGAUCAAACGUACCUCAAGCUUGAAGACGUUUUUGUCACCGGUAUCGUUGCCGACAAACUAGGAAUUAAGAGGACGCAUGCCAACGAAUUUUUAAAUAAAAAAAUAUCGUACAGCGCAUGCAACGUGCAACGUGGUAUCAGCAUUCAUAUGGUCAAGUAUGUUGAACAGUUUGAUCUUUGGAAGAAAUUACUCGACGGGAAGAGCAAAUGUAAAUGAUAAGCAUCUAUAGCAAGCAAAUCCUCCAAACGGCACUUGUCUUUUAGUUUGUGUAAAUACCUCGUUUACUUUGUUUAUCGUAGACGAGUGACAUCACUUUCUACGCAUCGAUCCAGUAUUUGUUUCUUCGUCGUUUGUUGUUCGUUGUUCGUUGUCGGGCGAUUGACGAUCGACGAUAGAUCGAGAGAAAUGUUGUUUUCUGUUUAAGUAGCAUCCUCUUCGCUUCUACUUAAACGAUUUAUCAACAGACUGUAAUUCUUUGUUCGAAUCGUUAUUUUCUUGUUAUUUGUCGCAAUCAUUUCUAUUCGAGCGGUAACGAGUAAAGAAUCGUUCGUAACGUACGUAAUCUUUACUCCCCAAUUUGUUUGCGAUUAAACAUGAAAACGUGUCUUAUUCUUCGUCUCACAAUCGGAAUAAUUAUAGCAAAUUCGUUUACUCGUAUAAUGUUGUCGAACGAUUUAAUACUCUCAUGUACUCGAUAUUCCGUGUUGUACAGCUUUAUACACGUAAAAAAAAAAAAAGAAAGGAAAAGAAAAGAAAAAUGAUAACAGUCAGUUCCUCGUCAUUUUUUCAUUGUUAAUUGUGUACGAUUACACAAUAAUUUCAUUAUUACACCAUGUUGGUGACCUUGGCUCUCUUUAAAUGAGAUUAUUGCGUAAAAAUAAAAUUGCAGUCGAAAUUAUCAUUGAGCGUGAGCGUGAGCAUGAGCGUGCGUACAUCCAUGUACAUAUUUAUAAGUGACCUAUUGUAGUCUGUGAUUGAUCAAACUCGAAUUUUUUGCAUCGCUAUAGGUGAUUUUCUCAAAAAUUACACAAAAGCUUGCAAGUUAACUUUUUAUUUUUUUUUGCAUUUGUGCGACGCGCCACCUUGAAAAUGUUACUUCUAUUUAAAGAAAUGCAGUAUGUUUUCUAGUAUUCACGAUGUUUGCUUUCUCAAAUCAAACGAUAUCGUAUACGUUCUACGGCAACUUUGUGUAUACUAGCAGUAUUACCGAGUAACGAGCGUGAAAUGCAAUGAAAAAUGAUCAAACGAUUGCUUGUUUCGAGAUCACCAAUUCGUACUGACAAUCGUAUGGUAUACGAAUAUCAUUUAUUUACAUUCCAUUACCUACAGUUGCUGCUAGACAUAUCUAGCUACUGUUCCUGAAUAAUUUACAUUUUAUUUUUAUACAGUUUCUAUUACGAGUGUCUUGUAACGAGCGUGCAAACUUGUAAACGAUACGAAUAGUUUCGAUAAAGUAACUGUUAUCAUUUUACAAUAAUUUUAACGCGAAAAUGAAAUUAAAUAUUGACUCGAAAUUGCUAACGAGUUAAUUAAAAAUCGAGUUACAUCGUUAUCGCGUUGCAUGAAAAUGUCCACAUACAUAUGUACAGUAAUGCGCCACUUAACAACAAGAGGGUACGUUGUAAGAAACGCGUCGUUAUACAAAAAUCAUGCAGUGUGAGUACUUAUCCAAAUUUAGAUGCUUUACUCUACUCUGUAUGUACCCACCUAGAUUAUAUGAUAUUCUGCGUCUUAUACAUGUAUGCCGUUCGUCGUUGAUCGAAACGCUGUUACGCAGCGCAUCACUGUACAUACAUGUAUGUAUAUUUCAUUUUUUUAACGAAUUUCGCCCCACUAAUUUAUUUUAUAAAAGUACACUACGACUGAGGAGUUUCUCUACGUAACGUGAAAUUUACUCUUCAUCAUUUUACUGUGGAGCAGAAAAAGUAUGAUAGUUAAAUUAUACGAAUCUGCCUUAUUUUUCAGUAGGUACUGUUUAUGUAACCCUUUCGGAAUAGAACCCCGCAGAUCUGUACGCUCCGUGUAGCCGGACUUUGCCGAAUGAUGAUAUCUGUAGUGUCGAAAGGGUUAAUACUCGUGUACAUACAUACAUAAUAUAGAAUAAGUUUAGUCGUGCUCGAGUGUUAUCGUACACUUGAAUUUAUUGUUAAGUAAAUUUAUUCAACUUUUUUAA